AAGUGAAUGGACAGCUUAUAUACUUCUUGUGUGUUAUCGUGAUGAGUUAUGUUACAUUUGGUCUUCCUUGUAGAACUAGCAAUAAAAGCUACAAUUCUAUGCAUUUGCUAGUGUUUUUAUUCAAUUGCAAGCAUAUUGCGAGUGAGUGAGUUGCUAGGUUGCUAGUUUUUGGGACUUUUUACCUAAAUCCUAACUUUCACAAAUCUAAAAAGAGGCUAAUAGUAUUAUUUUCUAUCCUAUAGGUUCUGAUGUAUUGUGGUAAGGAAAGAUGGAGACUUUCAACUUAACGCUUUCUCCAAGCUCCAGCCACGCUAACAAGACCAACAUCUUCCAAGACGGUCCGUUCAAACCAGUGGAGUUUGUUCUCAUUGUUCUCGGACUGAGCAUCUUAAGCUUGAUCACAAUCAUUGGCAACGUGCUGGUCAUGCUCUCCAUCAAGGUCAACAGGAACCUCCAGACGGUCAACAACUACUUUCUGUUCAGCCUUGCGUGCGCUGACCUGUUCAUUGGCGUUUUCUCCAUGAAUCUCUACACUGUGUACAUUGUGACCGGUCAUUGGCCUUUAGGAGCUUUGGUGUGUGACCUCUGGUUGGCUCUGGACUAUGUGGUGAGCAACGCCUCAGUUAUGAACCUUCUCAUCAUCAGCUUUGACCGCUAUUUCUGUGUCACCAAACCUCUCAGUUACCCAGUCAAACGGACCCACAAGAUGGCAGGAAUGAUGAUUGCCGCUGCUUGGAUCCUGUCAUUCAUUCUCUGGGCUCCAGCUAUUCUGUUCUGGCAGUUCAUCACCGGCAGCAGGACAGUUCCUGAAGGCGAGUGCUAUAUCCAGUUUUUCUCCAACGCUGUGGUCACUUUUGGCACCGCCAUUGCUGCUUUUUACCUGCCGGUGAUCACCAUGACCAUCCUCUACUGGCAGAUCUCCAAAGCAAGUCGCAGCCGUGUCAGACGCAGAGACAACCGGAGAGUUUCUAGAGUCAGUAAUGAUGGAGGUCAGGCUGGACUCGGGAAUGAGAGAAAUAUGGAUAGGAAGUCAACUCAGGAAGGAGAGGAAAUGGUUUCACGUAAGCAGAGCGCUUCAGAUACCACUACAGGACUAAAAAUAUCAUUGUUCCCACCUGCAGGAGAAGAGCGGGACAGUGAGAAUGACUCUAUAUCCGGAAGUGUGCUUGCAUCAUCAAAUCAGCGGGAUGACGAGGCCGUGUCAAUAAGCACCAACGGUGACAUUAGAGCUCGCCAGAACCAAUCAGCUUCACUGGCCACAGAAAGUUGGGUCAGAUUCACAUGCUUCAAAACGGCCUCCCAGAAAGACCUGCAAAACACAUAUAAGGUCAACAGCGAAAGUCAGGGCAUGACAAAUGGGAAGGAAAGAUUGAGUCUGGUGUCGCAGAAGAUUAUCAGUCCACAUUCUCAAAAGAGAAAGAGUUCCUCCUCCAGAGAAAAGAAAGUGACAAGAACCAUUAUGGCCAUUUUGGUGGCAUUCGCAACCACGUGGACCCCUUACAAUGUGAUGGUGCUCAUCAACACUUUCUGCUCGGACUGUAUUCCGAACACAGUGUGGAUCUUUGGCUACUGGCUCUGCUAUAUAAACAGCACGGUUAACCCGGCCUGCUAUGCGCUGUGCAAUGUCACCUUUAAGAACACCUUCAAACAGCUGCUGACGUGCAAGUACAGGAAUAUUCACGCCACCAGAAAACAGUAGAGUUGGCAAAAGAGUUGCUAACUAAAAAUAGUUGAGAAUAUGCAGAGUCUGGAGGCUUCAAGUUCAAACUGUUGAAACAUUCAAGUGAUGCUUCAACAGCACAAAUAUGAGGACGAGGCUUACUCAUGAAGCAGCGGAGAUGGUUUAUUUCUUUGUAUUUAAAAAAAAAUAUGGCCACACUUUUACACUAAGGUUCCAUUACUUAAUAUUAGUUUAAGAGACACUCUGCUUUUUAAGAAAUAAGCUGAUUUUACAAGUCACCCAGAGGAAAACAGUUGAGUUUAACCAUUUUUGAAUUAAUUCAGCUGAUCUCUGGGUCUGGUGGAAGUACUUUUAGCCAGUGUUAGGCAAGCUCCUUGAAAAAUGUUGAGAGCUAAGCUAUUAGCUACUCAAUACGUAACUUAACUACACUAAAAGAUACCCUCUUGGAAAUGUAGCAAGCUAAGCUAAAAGCUGCUUGGCAAAAAUAGAUUAGCUACAUCUAAGCUACUUUUGCAAUUUUCAUUUUUAAAUCAAAUCAACUUAAAUCCAAGUCGAUCAUAACUUAGUGACCAAUAAAACUGUCCAUAAAACAUAGAGGCUCAGUUUAGUUCCAACCCUGCUCCAACACACUUAGCCUACCU